GUAUUCACUCUUCCCACUUCUGGAUCCUUCGUCAUCCUUCCCAAGAGCCAUGUCUGUCUCUACAACUGGUCAGGAACCCACGCCAUUUAUUUCCCUGGAUGGACGCAGUCUCACUACAGAAGACCUGGUCGCUUUGGGAAAGGGGCACCUCAAGAUAAAGCUCACCCCAGAGGCUGAAGCUGGAGUCAAAGAGGCGAGAGCGGUCAUCGAGAAGAUCAUAAAGGAGAAAAAAGUUGUUUAUGGAAUCAACACAGGUUUCGGAAAAUUCGCCAGCACAAUCAUACCAAAUACGAAACUCAAGGAGCUGCAGGAGAAUUUGAUCCGUUCUCAUGCUGCAGGCGUCGGCAGCCCGCUCAGCCCUGAGAGAACCCGCAUGCUUCUGGCCCUGAGGAUCAACAUUCUGUCCAAAGGACACAGCGGCGUCUCCCUGGAGAUCCUGCACCAGAUGAUAGAGGCCUUCAAUGCGUCCUGUCUGUCCCUUGUCCCCGAGAAGGGGACAGUGGGUGCCAGUGGAGACCUUGCCCCCCUGUCUCACCUCACUUUGGGGCUGAUGGGAGAAGGGGAGAUGUGGUCACCUGAGACCGGCUGGGGUGAUGCCAAAGCAGUUCUGGAGGCUCAUGGGCUGAAACCCAUCGUACUGGGGCCAAAAGAGGGCCUGGCCUUGAAUAACGGGACCCAGCUGAUCACGUCCCUGGGGGCGGAGGCCGUGGAGAGAGCUCUGGCCAUCGCCAGACAGGCCGACAUCAUCGCAGCCUUCACGCUGCAGGUGCUGAAGGGGACCAACAAGGCCUUCGACAGCGACAUCCACAUGGCGCGGCCACACCUUGGCCAGAUGGCGGUAGCGUGGAGGUUCAGCUCCGUGCUGGACUCGGAUGUCUUCUCCUCCGAGAUCACAGAACGUAACAAACCGCACGAGAGAGUGCAGGACGCUUACACACUUCGCUGCUGCCCCCAGGUCCACGGCGUGGCCAAUGACACCAUCGCUUUCGUCAAGAGCAUCUUGACGACCGAGCUGAACAGCGCGACGGACAACCCCCUGGUUUUUGCUAAAGACGAUAAGAUUGUCUCUGGUGGAAAUUUCCAUGGAGAGUACCCUGCCAAGGCCCUGGACUUCCUGGCCAUCGGGGUGCACGAGCUGGCCUCCAUCAGCGAGAGGCGGAUCGAGCGCCUGUGUAACCCUUCCCUCAGCGAGCUGCCCGCCUUCCUGGUCAGCGGCGGCGGGCUCAACUCCGGCUUCAUGAUCGCGCACUGCACCGCCGCGGCUCUGGUGUCAGAGAAUAAGGUGCUGUGCCAUCCUUCCUCGGUGGACUCCCUGUCCACCAGCGCUGCCACUGAGGACCACGUCUCCAUGGGUGGCUGGUCGGCCAGGAAGGCCCUCCAGGUGGUGGAGCAUGUGGAGCAAGUUCUUGCCAUUGAGCUGCUGGCUGCCUGUCAGGCUCUGGAGUUUCACCGCCCCCUGAAGGCCACUGCCCCUCUGGAGGCUGUCUAUGAGCUGGUGCGCUCGGUUGUCAGGCCGUGGGACCAGGACCGCAUCAUGUUUACUGACAUCGAGGCAGCUCACAAACUUCUGCGGGAGGAAAAGGUGUGGGAAGCUGUCUGUCCCUACGUGGAGCAGUACAGCAAGAAACACCCACCACCCUAUGCUCCCGGGACGCAUUGAUGGCGCAGACUCACCUCACCCCUGUUACAUCUGUCCAAAAUGCCACCCGAAAAUCCAUCUGUAGCACCUUUCAAACCUGUCUCUGUCUCACGUUUACCAGAUCAUGUUACCAUGAAUGUAAUCAAUUAAUACUGCUUCUUCUAAUCAAUUAAUA